UAUUCAUAAAUUACUGACAGUGACUGGAUAUUAUAACAAAAUGGCAUUUUCUCAUUCUGUAGGGAAAGCACAAACUCCAGCUGUAUGUCAGUUCUGUGAGGAAUCCACAGAAAUUAAGUGGAAGUGUAUUAAUUGUGAACUAUUCCUAUGUCAACUGUGCAGUUCAAAGAUACAUAGUAAAAGUAAGGCAUCAAUGGAACAUGAAAUUAUAAAUCUUAAAGAUUUAGAAACACAGAACUUCGCUACUUCCAUGCGGAAAGUAGAUCUUGAUAACAUGGUAUGUACGAAGCAUAUUAAACAGAAGUGUUUUUUCUACUGUAAUAAAUGCAGUCAGCCGGCCUGUUCCGAAUGUGUAGUGGAGACCCAUAAACUGCACGACUUUAAAGCCAUUGGUGAAGUGUAUAAAGAUAUCAUCUCUGAAAUGAAGAAACUAACAGACACAUUUGAAAACAAUCUUAAAAUCUGUAGAAAUAAAAAAGACAAACUGCAAAAAAUGCUUUCUGAUGGUGAUACAAAUUUUCAAGAAACAAGGGGGAAAAUUUUGCAAACUGAGAAGGAAUUGAAAGAGGCUAUUUCGAAACAUGCCAAAGACCUCUUACAAGAACUUGAAGCAAAAUGGAAACCUUCAGAAAAUAGGAUCAAAACAGAACUAUCUGCUUUGAGGAAGAAUGAGGAUGAGUUGGAAACCAGGAGCAACAACCUAAAUCAAGUGCUGCAGUCUCAUGAAGUGAAAGACAUUUUCUCUACAAGUAAAACCUUAAAUAAGGCAUUGCCAAAGUGUUCAGUUACACAAAUAAAACCUAAUAAGGCAAUUAAGUUUAUUCCUAGAAAUAUACACAUGAAUAUACAAAGUAAAAUACUUGGUGAUCUUUAUACUGUUCCAGACUUUGAACUUAUAGACACUUAUCAAAGUGACAUUGAAAAUGUGUCAUCUAUACUUGUAUCCAGUGACAGUAAUGCCUUUAUAGGAAGUCAUAAUAAUAAAAAGAUACAGAAAAUAAAAUUUGAAAAUCACAAUAUUAAAGUGGAGAAAGAAGUUCAUGAAGUAGUCUGGGAUAUAUCCUUGACAAAGGAUGGAGCAAUACUUGUGUCAUCCAUAGGGAGUGAUCUGAAACUAUAUACUAAAGAUGGACAAUUAAAGACAUUCAAAUCAUUUUCUCCACUGAAAACUCUAGGUAUCCAUGUAACCAAAGAUAAUAAGUUAAUAGUAGGAUUGAUAGAACCUAUUCCUAUUCCAUUCCCCCUAACAAAAGACAGUAUCAGAAAACUUAUGGUUAUGAACCAGGAUGGUGAUAUACAACAUUCCAUUGAAUAUGAUACAUGUACAACCAAUCAGAGACUGCUAACAUUUCCUUGUAGAAUCCAAUCUGUCAAUGAUAAGAUAGUAGUUUUAGAUCUUAUAAACAAAGAAUAUGAGGGUAGGGUAGUAAUGUUAGAUUAUGGGGGACAACUCCAUUGGACCUACAAUGGUUGUAAUAGUACCAAUUCUGAUCUGGUUCAAUUUAAUCCUAGAGAUUUGGCAAUAACUUCUACAGACAUGCUUUUAGUUUCUGAUUUUAUAAAAAAUGCUAUACAUGUAUUAAAUCAUGCUGGGGAGGUUAUUGUAUAUAAGGAUGUAAAAAGCUUAGGAAUAGAAAUACCGUUAGGUCUUGGGGUUGACAAAAAUGAGGUUUUAUGGAUUGGGUGUGGUAGAUUGGGAAAUGACAAAAGUAAGAUACACAGUGUUAAACUGAUAUAACCAAGAUGUUAAAAUAGACCAGACAUUAUCAAUAAAGCUAAAAAAAAACAUCUUUGAGUUUAACCUGAAGGGUCAGACCAGGGUUUGGGACCAGAAAAUAUCUACAAAGAAGGGAAAGGGACAAGACUUCAACUGAAGUAUCUUAUUGUUCACUUGUUUCAGAGUUUAAUUUCUACUCUGAAAAAAUCACACCCACAACUUCCCUGCCAUUUUUUUUUUAUUAAUUAAUAUAUCUUAAGACAGCUUCCCAAUGAAGUAACAAACACAGAACAUAUAUCUACAAUCUGAUUUAUAAAUAAGUAUUGUUUAAUUUUUAUUUUUUGCUAUGUGACUCUCAUAUAUAUUAAAACAAGUCAAUAUCUUCAAGCAUGACUAAAAACAGUGUGGAAAACUGAAUAUAUGAGUGAAUUUUUUUCAAGUCCAAGGACCAUAACUCUGCACAAAAUUAUCAGACCGAAACAAAAAUUUGAACUUGAUCUGUAACUUGUCAUGAUAAAACUAUUUACCAAUUGUCAAUCAAUAUCUUCAAGCAUGAUGAAAAAAAGUGUGGAAAACCUAUAACACUCUAACAUUAGAUAUGAUGUAAUACAAUGUAUAUCUAAUUUGAAAUUACAAUCAAAUAUAAUUAAUAGUUCCAAAUAUUUUUUCUUUCAUUUGUCACAAACUAAUAUAGAUUUGUAACUUACCUAUAAAAUGUCAACAACUUUUAUCUACACAAUGUAAUGUAAUGAAAUAUAUACCUUAAUAAAAAUAGAUUAUUAUCUAAUUAAAGGAUUUCACUUAAUAAAAAAAAAAAUAUAUAUAUACAUGUAGCAUUCAGAAAAUUAGUUUAUACAAAAUAACAUAUUAACCUGCCACAAAAUUCCUCAAACAAUUUACCAAAGAAUGUCUUUUAAAAAAUGAGUUAUCUCCCUUUGUACAGAUUAUAUGGUUUAACAUAGUACUCUAACAUUAGUUAUGGAGUUUUUUCAUGGACCAUAACUCUGGACUAAAUCAUCAGACCGGAACAAAAUUCGAACUUGAUCUAUAACUUGUCAUGA